CACGUUUUUCAAAUACGUGUAACUCCCAAUCGUUCCCGAGACUGUUUGUACCUCUCCUGCCCGGGCACGCUAUUAAGAGGCAGAUCGUCAAUCGUGACCGCAAUUCUCCUGCGAUUUUUUCUUCUUACGUUCUUAGCAGCCGGAUCUCUCCGUAACCAUGACUACAUCAAGGCGUCUUGCAGAGAGGAAAGUUGAGAGGUUUGAUAAGAACAUUACAAAGAGAGGAGCCGUUCCGGAAACAACCGCUAAAAAGGGGAAAGACUAUCCUGUAGGCCCUGUUUUGCUUGGGUUCUUCGUAUUUGUUGUCAUUGGUUCAUCUCUAUUCCAGAUAAUCAGGACAGCAACCAGUGGUGGAGUGGCUUAAUGUGUUUUCCUAAAUUUUGAGUGAUGGCUGCAAAUUGCUGCACAAUGUGUUUUCCUGUUAGCCAAUAGGAAAUUUAGAAAUACUUGUAUGGGACUGGUGUUUACAUGUAUGCUUAUGAAGAACUCGGUUUAUCAUUAACAAGAUGUCCGUUUUUAUUUAUCUUUAUAUUGACGUAUAAACUCAGAAGAUUCUGAGUUAGAUUCCCACGGGAGAAA